UAGCUGAGAAUAUCCGCAUUCACAAAACAGAGUGUCACAGAUCAGCACCACCUCACACAAUCAGCCUGGGCUGAGAAGAGAUGUGCAGAAGGAGGGAGCCAAGAAGACGUCUCUAGAUCCGUCUAGUGCACAACCCUGUAUAUUUAUUGGCAUCCUGAUGUUUACAGAAGACACCCUCAAAAACCAAAGCCAUAGCUGCGGAUUGCACUGAAUGACUCAGUGAUGCAGCUCCAAUCCUGGAAGUAUGCACUGCUAAGCUUCGCCUAUAGCUGCCUAUAGAAUUUCUGUUGCUAUCCGCCUACGAUGUGCAUGUUGACGCGUCCGCUGGUGCUACCUUUUGGGGACCAACCUUCAUUUCUGUAGAUCACGAUCAAGAAGGAGUAUCCGUUCAGACUUUAUUAAUUUUUUUUCAAUACCUAGGAUGCAUACAAAGGGCAAGACGGAAAAUCAGUAACUACCUGGAUCUGGGUGGAGACUAUAGAUACUCUGAGCACCAUGGACCUAAAGACUCAUACCUACAUAGGAUCUUCAGAUGUACCUUGAUGGACCAUACUGCAUAAAACCAUUAAUACCCAAAGAGGGACUUUUGUUGCAUAGCUGAGAGAAAGAUUUCUAAAGAUCAUGGAAAGUUCUACUGGGGACAUCCAACAGGUUCUUUCAAUAGACCAAAUCCGUUCCAUCAGGUCCAACAAUGAUUAUGUGGAACGACCCACAGUCUCGUUUAUGCAAACCUGGUCAAAUCCUUCACUUUCCCAACAUGCUGCAAAGCAAGAGUGGCCUAAUGAUUACCUGGUAUCCUACAACCACCAGGAUCUUCAUCGCAGCCAAAGUCAUCAACACCAGUCACAACAUGUUACCCAUGAUUUAAGCCAUUCUAGUACAAUAAGCUCAGUGUCUCGAAGCACCACCGCUUCCGAUCAAAGACUACUAACUGGGAUAACCCCAUCUCAUUCAAGGCAUUCUCUUAUGAGAACACAGCCCAAGGAUGGAGACCUGAAGCAAGAUCAGUUUAUCAAAGGAUUAAUGGAAGAGUCUGAUAGAUAUAUGAGCCAUCGCUUUAGCUGUGAAGAGUGUGGGCGCUGCAAAUGUGAUGAGUGUACACAAGUUCGCAAACUUCCUUCUUGCUGGAUUUGUGACCAACGCUGCUUGUGCUCUGCAGAAAAUGUAAUAGAUUAUGGAACUUGCCUUUGUUGCAUCAAAGGCCUCUUCUACCACUGUUCUUCUGACGACGAGGACAACUGUGCUGAUAAUCCUUGUUCUUGCAACCAAGGCUCCUGUUGCGCUCGUUGGGCAGUUAUGAGUUUCCUCUCUUUCUUCAUGCCCUGUCUAUGCUGCUAUCCUCCUAUGAAAGGCUGCCUAACACUCUGCCAGAAGGGCUAUGAUAAAGUCAAAAGACCAGGCUGUCGCUGUGAAAAUCACACCAACACAGUCUGCAGAAAAAUAUCCUCAUCUAGUGGCACACCAUUUCCAAGGCCUUUCGAUAAACCGGUAUGACCUAAGAGGGUCGUUAUGGAAUUUAUGCUAAUUCAUUAUUUCCCUGAAUCUUCUCUGCUAUCCUCUCCAAUUGGUGCCACAGUCAGUGAAAGCCUUACCAAGACCCCACUUGAAAACCAGGAAUGUAAGAAAGUUUUAACUGAAUGUAAUUAGAAUGAAUGAUCCUAAAAGAGAAAAUGGCAGAAUAAAUACUGUAUAACUCAACAAUUUAACUGCUUUGAACAUUUUUGGAGAUACCUCUUCCACUUCAUCUUUGGUAAAUAAUAGUAUAUCACAUGGUUGCCAUGGGGGAAUAUAUUUGAAGAAGGAUUAAAGAUUUGUUAGAUAAAAAAUUCAAAGUUUUACUAAAAACAAAACUGAAGUAUCGACAACCUAGUGAACUAAUUGUGGAUUAUGAUACCUCCUAUACCCUUGUUGGCAGUGCUGAAGAAAGGAGCUAGAAAUUCAAGAUUGACUUGGAAAGCCUGUGAUCAAAAUGAAAAUGCGUGCACUUUAAUAUAGCAGACAGCAAUUGUAUGAAGAACUGUACUUUGUAGAACAAUAUAGACAUUAGGGAUAAAUGGUCAACGUGAAUCAAACAGGGAAAUGAAUCUUCAGAAGAUGCUUGGGUGAAGUAGAAUUAAUGCCUGGUUAUAAACCCACACCUAGAACACAUACCAUCCAAAUGGGGAGCUAUAUGUAUAUUUUAUUUUCAAUUCUAGAAGAAAGCUUUUAGCAAACUUGUCAACUAGGCAAAAAUGCAUUUUGUCAUAUAUCAUAAUAUGAUGUAAACCAAAGAGAUAUAUUUUGCAUGGAUACGUUAUGUUUCUUUACAACACCCUAUAUUGAUAUACUUAUUAAUUUUUUUGCCAUUUCUUCUCAGGUGGCACUUAAAGCUAAGAUUGAAAUCUCCAAUGAAUAGAAACCUUACUGGCAGUGUUUUAAAGGCCUUCUUCAGCAGUGAAUUCAUUGGCAUAGCCAAAUUUUGAAGGGAAUUGAUAUUAUAUUGCAUUAGUUUCCAUUGAGUUGAGCAUUGUAAAGAAAGGUCCCUUUCAAAAAGGUACCAACAGCAUAAAACUUACUAGACUACCAACUAUUCACGCUGAAGCCUCAUUCACUGUAUAUGCACUUUGCAAAAAUUCUGCAAAAAAGUAUAUAUAUAUAUAUA